UCCCAGGACGGAUCUCCAGUCUCGGUCAGGCAGGGGAGACUCCGAAUCCAACCCAGCACCACUGCUAAUCCGGAUCAACUGGAGCAAUUUAACCCAGGUCAGGCAUUUGCCACACUCUCCAUACAUGCCCUUAGCAUGCACUCAGUAUCGUGAAAACAAUAACACAGGCAACAAAUCAAAAUGGGAUUUUUGAAUACGUUCUUCCUUUUGCUUUGGGGAACCAUCUUCCAAAUUACACAUUCACAGAAAAUAGUGUGUACUGAAGCAACAACAGCAGACAUUGUGUUUCUGGUGGAUGGAUCUUGGAGUAUCGGGACAAAUAACUUUCAAACAAUGCAGGACUUCUUGUACACCUUAAUUAAUGGCUUUGAUGUAGGCCAAGAUAAAAUCCGUAUUGGUCUCGUCCAGUACAGUGACACACCACGUACAGAGUUUUAUCUAAACACUUACAACACCAAGGAUCAAGUGCUGCAGUACAUACAGACCUUGAAGUAUAAAGGGGGAGGAACAAAUACUGGGUUUAGCCUUGAGUACAUGUUACAAAACCACUUUAUAGAGAGUGCUGGAAGCAGAGCACAAGAUGGUGUUCCUCAGAUUGCAGUUGUGAUAACUGAUGGACGUGCCCAAGAUAACAUCAAAGAGCCAUCCAAACAAGUAAAGAGUGCCGGAAUCACAUUGUAUGCUAUCGGCAUUAAGGACGCCCUUUUGACUGAGCUCAAUGAAAUCGCCAGUGAUCCAGAUGAAAAAUAUGUAUAUAACGUGGUUGAUUUUAAUGCUUUGCAAGGAAUUUCCCAAAACAUGCUGCAGGGUCUCUGCACCACUGUUGAAGAAGCAGUCCGACAGACAGGUCAAAUUGCACAAGCUUGCCGAAAGGCCAACCUGGCCGACAUUGUGUUUCUAGUGGAGAGUUCAACACAAAUUGGUGAUGUAACUUUUGAAAAAAUAAAGGACUUUCUUUAUGGAUUGGUUUCUAGUUUAGAUGUUGGCAUGAAUAAAGUUCGCAUUGGCCUUGCUCAGUACAACGUUGAGACAAGUCCAGUUUUUAAGUUAAAUGAGUACCCGUUGAAGACUGAAAUCCUGGAAAACAUUCAGAAUUUACAGUUUCUAAGUGGUGAUGCUUUUACAGGAAGAGCCUUAAAGUAUGUGAACACCACCUUCUUCACCGAGGCAGCUGGCAGUAGAGCGGCAGAUAAUGUGGCUCAGAUUCUGAUUGUAAUAACAGGUGGAGAGUCUGCUGAUGGACUGGUAGAGCCAGCCAGAGACCUGAAAUCUCAAGGAAUUUCUGUUUAUGUGACUGGGCCUAAUAUAAAAGACAAUGUUGAGCUUGAAGAAGUUGCUAGUAGGCCAAGUGAAAAGUUCAUUUACGACAUUGACACACUUGAUGAGCCUGAUGAAGUGACCAAAAAGCUUCUGAAUAAUAUGUGCUUUAGCAUUGAAACUCACAUUCAAACAUAUGCAAAGCGUUACGCAGAUGUUGUGUUUGUUGUUGAUUCAUCUGCAAGUACUGGGAGUGCAACAUUCCAGCAAAUAAAAGAUCUAAUCCUAAGAAUAAUUGAGAAGCUGGAUGUUGGAAUUAAUAAAUUUCGUAUUGGAUUGGCACAGUACAGUGGAGACCCCGUGACAGAGUUCUUAUUAAAUACGUAUGAAAGGAAAACUGAAGUACUGGACCAUGUUAAACUGAGAUUCAACUUCAAAGGUGGACCUCUGAACACAGGCCGUGCUCUUGAGUUUGUGCGCUCAACUUUCUUCCUUGAGGAGGCUGGAAGCAGAAUCAGCCAUGGAACCCCUCAGUUUGUGGUGCUCAUAACGUCUGCCAAGUCUGAAGAUGAUGUUAUUAGAUCGGCUGAAGAGCUAAGAGGUGUUGGAGUCACCACCAUCUCAGUUGGAAUUCAGAAUUCUGAUGAAGAGGAAUUGAAACAAAUUGCCACAGAUCCCUUUGUUUUCCAAAUCAAAGGGAUGCAAGGCAUCAGGGAUCUACAAGAUGGGGUUGUCGGUGUUAUAUUGACACAGGAAAUGUUGCAGUUUUCUCCACUGACGUAUGUUCCAGAAGUGUGCUCAACUGCCUCGGUUGCUGACAUAGUAUUCCUUAUUGAUGAGUCUAGCAGCAUUGGUGCUACAAACUUCCAGCUGACUAGAGUUUUCCUGCACAAGGUUGUUAAUGCAUUGGAUAUCAGUUUGAAUAAUGUUCGAGUGGGCUUGGUUCUUUACAGUGAUGAGCCUAGGCUGGAAUUCAAACUAAACACUUUUAAUGAAAAAUUUGAAAUUUUGGACUAUAUAACUAAACUACCAUACAGAGGAGGGAAGGCACACACUGGAGCGGCUUUAGAUUUUCUUCGGAAAAAAAUGUUUUCUAAACAAAAUGGUGGUAGAGCACACCAGGGUGUACAACAGAUCGCGGUGGUCAUGACUAAUGGACAGUCAAUGGAUAAUUUCACCAAGGCUGCUGCAAAGCUACGACGCUCAGGUGUAGAGGUCUUUGCUGUAGGCUUCCAGAAUGCCAGCAAUCCGGAACUGGAGACCAUAGCAUCCCACCCUCCCAGAAGACACGUGACCAAUCUACAGUCUUUCCUACAGCUAUCCAAUAUUGAACAGAGACUCAAGAAACGCCUCUGCAACGAAAUUGUUCUACAGUCAUUUUCAGUUCCCAUGUUUGCCCGAACACUUAGAGAAGGUUGCGUGGAUACAGAAGAAGCCGAUAUUUACUUUCUGAUUGAUGGAUCUGGCAGCAUAUAUCCAGAAGACUUUGAUGAUAUGAAAACAUUCAUGACAGAAUUAAUAAACAUGUUCCAGGUUGGUGAAAACAGAGUACGUUUUGGAGUUGUUCAGUACUCUGAUAGUCCCAACAUCGAGUUCAUCAUUGGUGACUACAACAGUCAGAAGUCUUUAAAGGAGGCUAUUAAACAAAUUGAACAGUUGGGAGGAGGUACCAAUACAGGAAAGGCUCUGAGUUCAAUGAAGAGUCUCUUUGAUAAAACUGGGCGUAAUGUCCCUAAGUCUUUGGUCAUCAUUACUGAUGGAGAAUCCCAAGAUCAGGUGACCCAGCCCGCAGCCUCAAUUAGAACAGAUGGAAUCACCAUCUAUGCUAUCGGUGUAAAGAACGCGGUGGAAGAGCAGCUGAUAGACAUAGCAGGAUCUAAAGACAAGUCCUUUUUCGUUUAUAAUUUUGACUCUCUCAAUAGCAUCAAGCACGAUUUAGUCCGUGAUUUGUGUACACCAGAAGCCUGCAAGAACGUGAAAGCCGAUGUUUUGUUUCUGAUUGACAGCUCUGGAAGCAUUCACCCUGAUGAUUUUACAAAGAUGAAGGCAUUUAUGGAAUCCUUUGUAAAGCAAGCAGAUGUUGGACCAAACCAAGUCCAGUUUGGGUUGAUUCAGUUUAGCUCAGAAACACAAGAAGAAUUUGCGCUGAAUAGAUACACAAAGAAAGAUGAUAUACUGUCUGCUAUAUCAUUCAUUCAACAAAUUGGGGAAGGAACACUCACAGGGGCCGCGCUAACUUUUUCACUCCCAUAUUUUGAUGCCGCAAAGGGUGGACGGCGGAAAUCCAAACAGUACCUUAUUGUGAUCACAGACGGUGAAUCAUAUGACCCAGUGGCACAACCGGCAGCAGCUAUUAGGGACAAAGGUGUUAGCAUUUAUGCCAUUGGUGUAGUUAACGCAAAUAACACGCAACUCUUAGAGAUCGCUGGAAAGCAACAGCAAGUUUUUGUUGAAGAAAACUUUGAUGCGCUGGCCUUUUUAAACAAGCAAAUAUUGUUUGAAAUCUGCAAUCCUGCAGACCCUUGCAAAAAGUCAGAGGUAGCUGACAUCAUUUUUCUAGUGGAUGGAUCAUCUAGCAUCUCAGCACCCCAGUUCAAUAUCAUGAAGAGGUUCAUGAUAGCUGUGGUUAAUGACUCCAUGGUAGGAAAAGACAAUGUCCAGUUUGGUGUAGUCGUUUAUAGCACAAAUCCCCAACAAGAGUUUGCAUUAAAUGAGUAUUCUACUAAAUUGGAUGUACGAGGGGCUAUAAACAAUAUUAAUCGUUUGAAAGGAUUUACAUACACCGCGACAGCACUAGAAUACACCCACAAGAGGUUUGGCCCUUCUUACGGAGGUCGCAAAAACGUCCCACGGAUUAUAAUUCUCAUAACGGAUGGUGAAACCACUCGUGAAGACCGUCCAAAGUUAAAACCAGUCUCAACAACAUUGAGGGAUGACGGCAUCAUCGUCUUUGCUGUUGGAGUUGGGCAAGCAAAAAAACAGGAGCUAGAGUUGAUUGCUGGACAGCCCGAUAGAUGGUUCUUAGUGCAGAAUUACACUUCUCUGGAAGGCUUACACGAAAAUAUAACACAUAUUGUAUGUGAUCAAUCACAACAAACCUGUGCGCACGAACAGCUCGACCUUGUUUUCCUGAUUGAUAGUUCAGGAAGCAUUAGUCCUAGCAACUUUACAACGAUGAAGGCUUUCAUGAAAGGGAUUGUAGAAAGUUUUACCAUCGCCAAGGACAAAGUGCGUAUCGGAGUGGCACAGUACAGUACCAAUCCCAAGAAAGAAUUCUUCUUAAACGAGAUCUAUUCCAGCACUGAUAUGAAAAAUAAAAUUGAUACAAUGUCUCAGCUGAAAACUACAACUUAUACGGGAAAAGGCUUGAGGUUCGUCCGACAAUUCUUUGAUCCUGUCAAUGGAGGUCGUAAAAACCAACGUAUUCCUCAAUAUCUCAUAGUGAUUACUGAUGGAAAGUCUAAUGAUACAGUGGAAGAGGCAGCUGAUGUGCUGAGGAGCGAUGGGGUUACUAUUUUUUCAAUUGGUAUUGGCCUUCCAAACAAUUUUGAACUUGUUCAGAUUGCUGGGAAAAAAGAAAAUGUGUACAUUGUAGAGGACUUCAAAGAACUGGAUCUCAUCAAGAGGAAUAUUGUGUCUCAAGUUUGCGAACCGUCUGAUGAGCCUAGCCUGGAUUGCAAUAUAGAUAUUACAGUCUCUGUUGACUAUUCAAGAAAAGUGAGGCCAACCACAAUUACUCAUAUGCAACAGAAACUACAGCUCUACCUGUCUGAAGUGUUGCAGCGUGUGUCCACCUUGAACAAUUUUAGCUGUGUCUCUGGAUCGUUCAUAAACAUUCGUUUCAGAUUUGCUGUUCCCAGAGAGGAUGACACAUUCUUAUUUGAUUCUGAUUUUGAAAAAUACAAUGAAGAUGUCCUCAAAAAGUUUAUAAGUGCCCAAUCUACAACCGACACCUUUCUAAAUGCUAAAUAUCUUGAAUCUCUUUGGGGAAAAUUCAAAGGUUUGCCUGGUCGGAAAGCAAAAAUUAUUAUGGUUUUUACUGAUGGACUGGAUGAUGAUGUGGAAACUCUCAAGACAACCUCUGCCUUUUUACGUUCUGAAGGGUUGGAUGCACUGCUCUUAAUCGGCCUUGAAAAUGUGCAGAAUUUGGAGAGACUUCAGGAAAUUCAGUUUGGAAGAGGAUUUUCUUACGCUUCACCCCUCAGCAUUGGACUUUACGAUUUACCAAGUGUAAUGCUAAAGGAAAUUGACACGGUGGCAGAAAGGAAGUGCUGUAAUGUGAUUUGUAAAUGCUUGGGGCAAGAUGGUCUUCAAGGCCUGCCUGGAACUCCAGGACUAAAGGGUAUUCCCGGUCCAAAGGGAUACCCAGGUUAUCCUGGUGAAGAAGGCGGUAUUGGUGAAAGGGGGCCACGUGGACUUAACGGGACACGGGGUGAAGCUGGGUGCCCUGGUCCAAGAGGGCCAAAGGGUGGAAGAGGCUAUCGAGGUGAAAAGGGAGAUGAUGGUGAACAUGGUAUUGAUGGUGUCGUGGGAGAACAGGGACAACGUGGCAUCCCUGGGUUACCUGGAGAAGCUGGUGAACAUGGACCACAGGGAAGAAAAGGACCUCGAGGGGAACCUGGUGAAAGGGGAGAGCAUGGUCUGAGAGGUGACCCCGGUGAACCAGGAAUUAACAAUAAUAUUGCAGGACCAAAGGGACUGAAGGGAAAUCCAGGACGUCAGGGGGAACCAGGGAAAGACGGAGUUGAAGGGGAGCCUGGCGAUGAUGGCCCUGAGGGACCAAGAGGUCGAAGAGGGCCUCCUGGUUUAAAGGGUGAACGGGGAAAUCCUGGCGAGCAAGGAAACAGAGGAGAAGCUGGCAUUCAAGGCAUACAGGGUCCUCGAGGUUUGCCAGGACCACCAGGUGCACAAGGACAGCAAGGUUUACCAGGACCUCAGGGCACACCUGGAGCUCCUGGACCCCUUGGUUCUAUUGGAAACACUGGUCCUAAAGGUCAAAAGGGGGAGCCUGGAGAUCUUGGAGAGAAAGGUGAACCAGGACUUGCUGGACGUAGAGGUUUGCCAGGGUUAGAUGGUCCAGAUGGAUACGGCCCUCCAGGCUUAAAAGGAGAAAAGGGUCAUAUAGGAUUUCCAGGUUAUCCUGGUUCUCAAGGAGAAGAUGGAGAUCCCGGCAGGCCAGGUGAUUCUGGACCUAAAGGAGUUAGAGGAAGAAGGGGCAAAUCUGGUGAACGAGGAUCAACUGGAGAUCCAGGAGAGAGAGGACGACCUGGGCCAAGGGGCUUAAAAGGACAACAAGGCACCACAGCCAUGACGCCUUGUGAACUUGUGAAUUUUACUCGAGAGAAUUGCCCUUGCUUCUCAGGUGGUCAGAAAUGUCCUGUAUACCCAACUGAAAUAGUGUUUGCCAUUGAUGCAUCUCAAGAUGUUUCACCCUCUGCAUUUCAACGCAUGAAAGACAUUAUGAUAUCUUUGAUUGAACCAUUGGAAAUAACCGAAAGUAAUUGUCCUAGGGGAGCCAGAGUUGCAGUUGUCUCAUAUAAUAGUAAUGUUAAACAUCUCAUCCGUUUCUCUGAUUACAAGAGAAAAAGUCUGCUUUUGGAGGCAAUUCGAGGUAUUGCUCCAGAGAAGUCAUCUUCACAAAGGAAUAUUGGUGAAGCCAUGGGAUUUGUAGGAAGGAAUAUAUUCAAGCGUAUUCGUCAAGGAGUUCUCAUAAGGAAAGUUGCCGUGUUCUUUGCCAACGGUCCAUCCCAGGAUGCUACUUCAAUCAAUACUGCUGUUUUGGAAUUCAAUGCACUUAAUAUAGUACCAGCUGUGAUUGCCUUCAAUGAUGUCCCUAAUGUCAGAAAUGCUUUUUCAGUGGACGAAAGCAGAAGGUUUCACUUAUUUGUGUGGAGAAGGCUGCAAGACCAGAUACUAGAAGUGAUUUCCCACUGCUCACUUUGUUAUGAUAAAUGCAGUCCUGAUGAGGAAUGUGAACUGGACCCUGUACCUCCAUCUGAAGUAGAUAUGGAUAUUAUAUUCAUGUUAGAUGGCUCACGCAGCAUUAGAAGUGAUGACUUUCAACGUGAAAAGGCUUUUGUGAGCAACAUGCUGGAUCAUUUCCUUAUAUCAAACAAGCCCAAGACAUCAGAUACAGGUGCCAGAGUGGCUGUUGUCCAACAAACAGUCCCAGGUUUCAUGCCAAACCGAAAUAUAAGUCCUGUUAAAACUGAGUUUGAUCUGGUCAGUUAUGACAAUAAGAACCAGAUGAAGAGGCACAUCCAGGAAGAUGUCACACAGCUGGAAGGUCCAUCUGCAGUUGGCUACUCAGUCCAGUGGGCUAUCAAUAAUGUUUUUGCAAAAGCUACUAGGGCAAGGAAGCACAAAGUCAUUUUUGUGCUCCUUGGAAGCAGAACAAGUUACUGGGACCGAGAAAAACUGAAAGAGGUGUCUCGGAGAGCUAAAUGUGAGAAAUUUACCCUGUUUGUUCUAGCAUUUGGAAAAGAAAUAAAUAACAAUGAGCUGAUGGAGCUUUCUAGCCUUCCGCAUGACCAGCACUUACUGCACUUGCAUAGUGUUUCCAACUCUGAGCUGGAGUAUGCGCAGAGGUUCACUCAAGCCUUCAUGAAUCUUCUUCACAGUGAAAUGAAUAGAUACCCUCCAUUAGUGAUGCAAGGAGAGUGUGAAGGGCGCGGAGACUCUGUGUUCUUUUUACCAGAAAGUUUGCCCACAGUUGAAAUUCCUCCAGAGGAGGAUGUAGAGUAUGUGGAAGAAGUACUAGAAGAGGAAACUGAAUAUGAGGAGAUAACAGAGGAAGACUACGAAACACCGAAAGAGACUGUUGGAAUGGCAGUUGAGACAAAGAUUAUAAGCAAUGCUCCAGACAAGUGCUUACUGGAUAUGAAUUUUGGCACAGCAUGCAGGGAAUACCAACGCAUGUGGUAUUAUGUAAAAGAUGUUGAUGCAUGCUCCCAGUUCUGGUAUGGAGGUUGUGAUGGGAAUGGAAACAGAUUUAGCUCUGAGUAUGAGUGUCUACAGACUUGCUCACCCAAACGUGAAGCUACCGAUGAAGGUGUACACGUAUUCACCAAAGAAAUCUGCAAAUUAAGACAGGAGGAAGGAGAUUGUCAAGAUUAUACUCUGAAGUGGCGGUACGAUGCAAAUCAGAAUGAGUGUGUACAAUUCUGGUAUGGUGGCUGCGGAGGAAACAAAAAUCGUUUUGAGACUCAGGAGCAGUGUGAAGUUGCCUGCUUGUCUGCAUCCUAAGAUCAUUUGAUUCACAAGGAGUGGAAAAUACAGAGUCCUUAUUUAAGGCUUAAUUAAGUAUUAAUAGUGCCCUGUUCCGCGAUUGCGAACCCACCUAAACCACACAUCCCCAAUCAAAAUAACAUUUCUAUAGUCGGCAACAUCAAGAACAGCAUCAUUUUAGGUCGGGGAUGAGUUUGCUUUUCCUAUUUUAUUCGGUGCUGAGUAUAUGAAGUCAUAUUUAUGAAGGCAAAAAUGGAGCUAUUGUAAAUGAUAGCUUUUUUUUUUAUAUAUAAAGGCAAUCAUUUUACAGAAAUUAGAUUUUCCUUGACAAAUACAA